AUGAGUCAUCGUCAUUUUGCAGAUAUCGACGAGUGUCAGAGAGAUCCUCUCCUAUGCCGGGGAGGCGUUUGCCUAAACACCGAGGGAAGUUACCGCUGCGAAUGUCCUCCUGGUCAUCAGCUGUCCCCCAACAUCUCAGCAUGUAUAGACAUCAACGAGUGUGAGCUGAGUGCGAACCUCUGCCCCAAUGGCCGUUGCGUGAACCUCAUAGGGAAGUAUCAGUGUGCCUGCAACCCCGGCUAUCAUUCGACCCCCGACAGGCUGUUCUGUGUGGACAUCGAUGAAUGCAGCAUAAUGAACGGUGGUUGUGAGACCUUCUGUACAAACUCUGAAGGCAGCUAUGAAUGCAGCUGUCAGCCGGGAUUUGCACUAAUGCCCGACCAGAGGUCAUGCACUGACAUUGAUGAGUGUGAAGAUAACCCCAAUAUCUGUGAUGGCGGUCAGUGUACAAACAUACCCGGGGAGUACAGGUGCUUGUGUUAUGAUGGAUUCAUGGCAUCUGAAGACAUGAAGACUUGUGUAGAUGUCAAUGAAUGUGACCUGAAUCCAAAUAUCUGCCUAAGUGGAACCUGUGAAAACACUAAAGGCUCAUUUAUCUGCCACUGUGAUAUGGGAUAUUCAGGCAAAAAAGGAAAAACUGGCUGUACAGACAUCAAUGAAUGUGAAAUUGGAGCACACAACUGUGACAGACAUGCUAUAUGUACCAACACGGCAGGGAGCUUCAAGUGUAGCUGCAGCCCCGGAUGGAUUGGAGAUGGCAUUAAGUGCACCGAUCUGGAUGAAUGCUCCAAUGGAACACACAUGUGCAGCCAACAUGCAGACUGCAAGAACACCAUGGGCUCUUACCGCUGCCUUUGUAAAGAAGGCUACACGGGUGACGGCUUCACUUGUACAGAUCUUGAUGAGUGCUCAGAGAACCUGAAUCUGUGUGGCAAUGGCCAGUGCCUGAAUGCCCCGGGAGGAUACCGCUGUGAAUGUGACAUGGGCUUUGUGCCCAGUGCUGAUGGGAAAGCCUGUGAAGAUAUCGACGAGUGCUCCCUUCCGAACAUUUGUGUUUUUGGAACUUGCCACAACCUUCCCGGCCUGUUCCGUUGUGAGUGCGAGAUAGGCUACGAACUGGACAGAAGUGGCGGGAACUGCACAGAUGUUAAUGAGUGUCUGGAUCCAACCACGUGCAUCAGUGGGAACUGCGUCAACACCCCAGGCAGCUAUACCUGCGAUUGUCCCCCUGACUUUGAGCUGAACCCAACCCGAGUUGGCUGUGUUGAUACCCGCUCUGGGAAUUGCUAUCUGGAUAUUCGACCUCGAGGAGACAAUGGAGAUACAGCCUGUAGCAAUGAAAUUGGAGUUGGUGUCUCCAAGGCUUCCUGCUGUUGUUCUUUGGGUAAAGCCUGGGGUACUCCUUGUGAGCUGUGCCCUCCUGUGAACACAUGUAAGUGUACAUCCUCCUGUUUAUUAUUAUUACUCCCGCUCAGGGUCUCCUGGAUUUAUGCUGCAGAUUUGCGAAUGAGCUACUGUUACGCAAAGUUUGAAGGAGGAAAAUGUUCAUCACCCAAAUCCAGAAAUCACUCCAAACAGGAAUGCUGCUGUGCCUUGAAGGGAGAAGGUUGGGGUGAUCCCUGUGAGCUGUGCCCCACUGAACCUGAUGAGGCCUUCCGCCAGAUCUGUCCCUAUGGAAGUGGCAUCAUUGUGGGACCUGAUGAUUCUGCAGUUGAUAUGGACGAGUGCAAAGAACCUGAUGUCUGUAAACAUGGGCAGUGCAUCAAUACGGAUGGCUCCUACCGCUGCGAGUGUCCCUUCGGCUACAUUCUGGAAGGGAAUGAAUGUGUAGAUACUGAUGAAUGCUCUGUGGGCAAUCCUUGUGGAAAUGGAACCUGCAAGAAUGUGAUUGGAGGUUUUGAAUGUACCUGUGAGGAAGGAUUUGAGCCUGGUCCAAUGAUGACUUGUGAAGAUAUAAACGAGUGUGCCCAGAAUCCUCUGCUUUGUGCUUUCCGGUGUGUAAACACUUAUGGGUCAUAUGAAUGCAAAUGUCCUGCUGGAUAUGUUCUGAGAGAAGAUAGAAGGAUGUGCAAAGACGAGGAUGAGUGUGAGGAGGGCAAACACGACUGUGCUGAGAAGCAGAUGGAGUGCAAGAACCUCAUCGGCACGUACAUCUGCAUCUGCGGGCCUGGGUACCAGCGGAGACCUGAUGGAGAGGGCUGCGUAGAUGAGAAUGAGUGUCAGACCAAGCCAGGCAUCUGUGAGAACGGGCGCUGCCUCAACACGCGGGGCAGCUACACUUGUGAGUGCAAUGCCGGCUUCACCCCCAGCCCGGCUCAGGACGAGUGCCUUGACAACCGGGAAGGGUACUGCUUCACGGAGGUGCUCCAAAACAUGUGUCAGAUCGGCUCAAGCAACAGGAACCCUGUCACCAAGUCGGAAUGCUGCUGUGAUGGAGGAAGAGGCUGGGGCCCCCACUGUGAGAUCUGCCCCUUCCAGGGCACUGUGGCCUUCAAAAAACUCUGCCCCCAUGGCCGAGGAUUUAUGACCAAUGGAGCAGAUAUUGAUGAAUGCAAGGUUAUUCAUGACGUUUGUCGAAACGGGGAGUGUGUCAACGACAGAGGAUCCUAUCAUUGCCUAUGUAAAAAUGGCUACACUCCAGAUAUAACUGGAACUUCUUGUAUAGAUCUGAAUGAGUGCAACCAGGCCCCCAAACCCUGCAAUUUUAUCUGCAAAAACACAGAAGGGAGUUUCCAGUGUUCCUGCCCGAAAGGCUACAUUCUGCAGGAGGAUGGAAGGAGCUGCAAAGAUCUUGACGAGUGUGCCACCAAACAACACAACUGCCAGUUCCUGUGUGUGAACACCAUCGGCAGCUUCACGUGUAAAUGUCCUCCUGGAUUUACGCAGCACCAUACCGCCUGCAUCGAUAACAACGAAUGCACUUCUGACAUCAACUUGUGUGGGUCUAAGGGUAUUUGCCAGAAUACUCCUGGGAGCUUCACCUGUGAAUGCCAGCGGGGGUUCUCACUCGAUCAGAGUGGCGCCAGCUGUGAAGACGUGGACGAGUGCGAAGGGAACCACCGCUGCCAGCACGGCUGCCAGAACAUCAUCGGGGGCUACCGGUGCAGCUGCCCCCAGGGCUACCUCCAGCACUACCAGUGGAACCAGUGUGUGGACGAAAACGAAUGCCUCAGCGCACACAUCUGUGGAGGAGCCUCCUGUCACAACACCCUGGGCAGCUACAAGUGCAUGUGCCCCGCCGGCUUCCAGUACGAACAGUUCAGCGGAGGGUGCCAAGACAUCAACGAGUGCGGCUCUGCGCAGGCCCCCUGCAGCUACGGCUGCUCCAACACGGAGGGCGGCUACCUGUGUGGCUGUCCGCCUGGUUACUUCCGGAUAGGUCAAGGGCACUGUGUUUCUGGAAUGGGCAUGGGCCGAGGAGGCCCGGAGCCACCUGCCAGCAGCGAAAUGGAUGACAAUUCUCUCUCCCCGGAGGCUUGCUAUGAGUGUAAGAUCAACGGCUACCCCAAACGGGGCAGGAAACGGAGAAGUGCAAACGAAACCGAUGCCUCCAACACCGAGGACCAGCCUGAGAGAGACACCAAUGUGAGUCUUGCAAGUUGGGACACUGAGAAGACAGCCGUGUUCGCUUUCAAUAUUUCCCACAUCAGUAACAAGGUCCGAAUCCUAGAGCUCCUCCCAGCCCUGACGACUCUGACGAAUCACAACAAAUACUUGAUCGAAUCUGGAAAUGAAAAUGGCUUCUUUAAAAUCAACCAAAAGGAAGGGAUCAGCUACCUCCACUUCACCAAGAAGAAGCCAGUGGCUGGAACCUAUUCAUUACAAAUCAGUAGUACUCCACUUUAUAAAAAGAAAGAACUUAAUCAGCUAGAAGAUAAAUAUGACAAAGACUACCUCAGUGGUGAACUGGGUGAUAAUCUGAAGAUGAAAAUUCAGAUUUUGCUUCAUUAAUUCACCAUCCAGAGACCAAAUAAUUAAAAAACAAAGAUAGAUAGGUAGAACGGAAUUUUCCCCCCAGUCAGAAUCUUCAUAUCAUAGGUACAAUCUUUCACCAAGUAAAUUUCUAUAAAUAAGCACUAUUCUUGUAUUACAAAAAGCAAGGUACAGGUGACUCCCCUAGUUCAAAACAACCACUUUCUCAGGCUUCUCAUUGUGUAGCUGAGCUACCUUGUCACAUGUGUUGAUUCUUGAAAACUGGGACGCGUAUUUUCAUUGGGGGUCAGCCAUUCAUGCUGACACGCCAUCCUUCUAGCAGAAUUACAGGAAUGUGCUUUCACUCGAUGGACUGUUCUGUUUUUUCCCCAAUUUUUAAACUUUGCUUCUCCAAAUACAAGUACUAGGUUGGCCAAUUAUAAUAUCUAUUUGGUGCUAGUAAAUUCUCAAACUAGAUUUAUAAAUGCACUGUAAUAUUUACACAACUUAGAAACCAAAUUGCAAGUAUUCAGUUCAAAUACUUCAUUAAUUUCAAUCAACCAAAGUUAGUUCAGUAGCUUAUCUCAGUUAUGAGUUAUAAUACAUUACAUGUAAAUUAAGUGUGUGUAUACUGUAAUCGUGCUAUUUUUUAUCAUUGAAACAUUUAUAAACUAGAAUAAUAAUGCCCUUAACGUGAGGGUUUGUAAUGGUGCUUAUUAAGACCAAAGACUUGUUAAAUGUAUACACCAAGUGGUAAGGACAUUUCUGUGACUGGCCCACACGUGCAUGGAGGUCUGGGAGGACCAAGAACCAGCCUCAGCGGCCAGAGGAUCAUCAGCGCAUCCUUCAUCACACCUGUGCAAUAUGCCAAGAUUACCCUCAGUCAUUCCUGUCAACAAGGGGUCCAUGUCAUAAACGUCACAAUAAAACAGUCUCUCUUUUUUUAGUGUA